UAUGGAGAAAUGGUUCGAUUCUGGUCACUGGUAAAUAAAUUCUUAAUCUGACGAGUAUGUGUGCAUGGGCUGCAUGGGUCUUUACAACCAAUUUCCCAGUUCUGUUUCAGGCUUCGGGAUAUUGCGAAGGUUCUUAAAGAGGGCUCAUCAGCAUGCAGCAUUGGGUGCCAAAGAAGGCUUAGCCUCAAUCUGCCGCAUGAAGUUUGGUUCUAUUGCCACUAAACUGUGAUUAGGAAUGACCAAUCUUGGUGUUGUUGCUGCAGUGCAGUAGAGUGAAAAGCAUAAGAGUGAAGCUGCAAUUUUGAGUUCGGAAAUUGGUUUGUUGAAUUUGUAACAAGAUUGGGGUUUGAUCAGGGGAGGUGAUGGCUGUGCUCAACGGAGGUUGUGACGACUGCCUCUUUUCAAGGUAUUCCAAAUUGCUUUUAGCAGGUUUGGUGUGCCCCUUCUUCUUCUGCUUGCUGCUGUUUCCAGCAAUGAGCAGAUCACCUCUUUCAUGCCAAUACUUUGCCUGUGAAUGCGCAUCGGGGACACCGAAAGGUCGUGAGCAGAGGAUUUCUGGUAUUAGUGAUCUCGAUUGGCUACAUCAAGAAAUGCUGCCUUUAAGGAACGCCGCUGGAGGAGAUGAUGAAAGCCCAUGGCUCACAUCCCGCAAGGGCAUCAAUCCUCGUACUCGUCAGCAGCAGCUCUUCGACCUCCGCAGGUUUCAUGGUAUCUCGCAUUACAAGAACGGCAGCAGCAGCGCGAUCGACUGUCCUGGAGAGCUACUCGUCGAACAGCACCACAGCUACUACGGAGAACCAUGGGCGGGAGGGCGCGACGUUUUCGAUUUUCUUGCGACUUCUGUGUCCUUGCAGCCAGGACAUCGCGUCCUGGAGAUCGGAUGUGGCACCUUGCGAGCUGGAUUGCAUUUCAUUCGAUUCCUGGAACUCUCCCAUUUCUUCUGCUUGGAGCGGGACUCCUUGUCACUGGCAGCCGCACUUCUGUAUGAGCUUCCUGCAAAUGGGUUACUACACAAACGUCCUUUCUUAAUUCACGGAGAUGAUCUCCAGAACACUGCUGCGCUUCUCGAUGGACCGCCUUUCGAUCUGAUUUAUUCCAGCGCGGUGUUCCUGCACAUGGCUGAUGCAGCUGUGUGGAAGACCGUCUCCGUGAUGGCUAUGCGUUUGGCCGCCCCUCAUGGCCGUCUCUAUGUGUCGCACAACAUCAAAUUCUGCACGCGCUUGUCUGGGAGGGUGUGUGGCGCUCGUCUCAGGGAAGCUGGACUGGAGUAUGUUGGUCAACAGACGCAUGACAGUCUGCUUUUCAAUCACUUUGAAGUUUGGUUCGAGUUUAAGCGUCGUAGCAAACAAUUGUGAACAUAGGAUGCUGAUGGAGGGUCAUUAGUAGGUUUCAAAGAACACCGAUGAAAGCCAUUGAAGGGUGUGGAACACAAAACUCAAAGUGUUGUUGAGAACAAAGAUUGUUGAGCCUCGUUGGGCAAGCCACCAUUGCUGGUGCAAUGUUAGUUCACGAUUCAGGGAUGAUGGACAUGUAAGAUGAAGAUGAACGUUUAGCGCAUGAUUAUGCUCAGCUGAUUGAGACAAAAACAAUUCUUUCCUGGAAUUAAAACCAUGCUCCACGUACCAUUUACAAAUAGAAGCACCAUGCGAAGCUGCCUUCACAUGUGAUUAAGUAAACUAAUCCUGUGAAAUGAAGUAAGAGAUUGACCACAACAAAAUUCUUACCGCCGCCGUGUAAGGGCUCCAGCGCGGCGUGGUGCCCCAGUGACAAAAGCACAUUUUCUGGCAUAUCAGUCCAUGUGUCACAACCACACACAGCGAGGCGACUAGUUAUGUACACUGUGCUAGAAUCCAAUGUGAGGUAGAUACUAGGAAUUCGGAAUUACAUUUCAAUUGUUCUUUGAUUUGGGGUGUUUGAAUGAAAAAGUUGUGCUCUCUCGAGAUCUCUGCCCAUUGAGAUGUGGUGAGGAUACAUGUGUAGGACUUUGGUGCUUGCUGCUGAAAACAAUCUCCAUCAUGUUGGAUCCCAUUGUUGACAAAAACAAAUUAGAGAACUAAUCAAAGCAAAAAUUGGAGAACCAAUCAAAGCAAAAUUACUUUUGAGUAGGUCACAAGACCACCACAACAACUAUGGUGUAGAGGCUCAAUAGGAUGUUGAGUGGAAAUAAUAAAACUCUAGGAAGAUAUAUCAAUUCUCUGAAAUUAUAUCCAACAAUAAAAUUAACAACACAAAAAGCUUUUACUCCCCUUAAAAAGCUUUGAGGCCAUAAGACAAUUCUACAAAUAGUUGUAAUUUCAGAUAUGUAUGAAGUGUCUGAACCUGUCAGCUAAGGCCUCCCUCAAUCGGCAACCAACAGCGGAAAAUGUUCCCUUUCAGUGACUACAGAGGUUCGGGGCUUCAGAACGUCCAGA